AUGGUUGAUGCUUGUAGUUGUUAUGGACCAUGUGGUCCUUUUGGAAGCUACAGCAUGAAAAGUUCUCUCCCUUGCAGUUGUUUGGAAGGUUUUGAACCAAAAGUCCUAGAAGAAUCGAAUGCAGGGGAUUGGUCGAGUGGCUGUCAACAUAAAAUGCCAUUGGAUUGUAGGACUCCGGAUGUCUUCCAUAAAAUUUCAGGAGUGAUUUUUCCGGACACACGACGUUCAUGGUACAACAAUAGCAUGUCCCUUGAAGAAUGUGAGAUGACGUGCAGAAAGGAUUGUGCCUGUACUGCUUAUGCUAAAUUAGAUAUCGCAAAGGGUAGAAGUUGA